AUGGCGAACCGUACACGCCUUGUCAAGGAGUCAGAAGGAGACAUACCCAUCGAACUUGAAGCACUCUUCGCUGCCUACUUACAGAAAGACUCCGAUGAGGAGAGCUGGAACGUCAACGGCGCAACGUCAGCGAACUUCCUCAACGCCCUCGACAUCACUGGCGCAUCCAAGAAGCUCAAACCUGUCAUCCUCACAACAGGCGCAAAGCAAUAUGGUGUACAUCUCGGCUGCCCAAAACAGCCCAUGGAAGAAUCGGACCGAUGGAUCGAAGGCGAAGGGCGCCCCUCGAACUUUUACUACCAUCAAAAGCGUAUCCUCUCCAAGAAAGCAAAGAAAUCCAACUAG